AGGGGGAGAGAUAAUGAAAAGAUAAUUCUGCUGCACUUAUGAAAUAACAUUCAUGAGUCAUUUAGUCUGAUUUUCAGCUCUGUUAAAUCCUCUCAGGCUGUAAAAAAACAUCGUACUCAGGCUGCUGCAGAAACAUUUCAACACCUGAUCAGGCUCAGAGCUGAAUGUACAGCAUAAGUCUGCUUAAACUUCCUGCCUUGUCUGAUCAUGAUCGAUUGCAAAACAUCCUCUCAGCCGCUGGGGCGGGGGGGAGGAGCCUGGCGAUAGUCGUCCAGUCAGCUGAGAGCGGCUCUCUUCACUCUCACCUGGGAGGACGAAGAGACGUCUGUCUGAGAGACAGAGUUAGUGUGAGGAGGAAACUGAGCUCUGUAGAUCUGACACAAUGACUUCUGAUAGUGCCUUGGAGGUGUACAAGGAGAUGGUGCUGCUGUACCUGGAGGAGGGACGGCGACAGGUGAACUCGCGCUGCGCCGACCUGGAGCCGUGGCAGAUCAUCGGGGCGACGCUCAUCACCACGCUGGGGGCCGUCUGGAUCAAAGGCUUCCUCUUCCAGCAAGAAAGUCUCACAUCCCGAAUCAAGAAGCAGUGCUUUCGACUCAUCAGGAAAAUACCCUUUGUUGGCGCGUCAAUUCAGAGCCAGCUGAACAAGGCUUUGGAUGACAUGUCUGCCAGUCUGUGCACUCUGAAGAACGGGAUGAGCUACGCUAAACAGCUGCCAUCCAAAGGUCUCUCUCAGAGCCAAGUGCUGGACAAAAUCAGAGAGUACGAGACCCUGAAUGAGGUUCAGUGGGAGAAAGGGUGUGUUUCGGGCGCAGUGUACUGGGGCGAUGAAACCCUGACCAAACUCCUGGUGAAGGUGUAUGGAGACUUUGCAUGGAGCAACCCACUUCACCCAGACAUCUUUCCUGGCGUGAGAAAGAUGGAGGCGGAGGUUGUUAGAAUGUCUUGCACGCUCUUCCACGGCGGGCCGAACUCCUGCGGCACCGUGACGUCAGGAGGAACUGAGAGCAUACUGAUGGCGUGCAAGGCGUACAGAGACAUGGCGUAUGAACGAGGUGUCAAGUACCCUGAGAUUCUCGCCCCCGUGAGCGUCCACGCCGCCUUCAACAAAGCAGCACAUUACUUUGGAAUGAAGCUCGUGCACAUCCCGCUCGACAAGAAAACUAUGAAAGUGGACGUGAAGGCUAUGAAGAGAGCCAUCGGCAAGAACACGGCCAUGCUCGUGUGCUCAGCGCCUCAGUUCCCUCACGGAAUCAUGGAUCCCAUCGAGGAAGUCGCCAAGCUGGCUGUGCGAUACAACCUCCCGCUGCAUGUGGACGCCUGUCUUGGAGGUUUUCUCAUUGUGUUCAUGGCCAAGGCUGGUUAUUCGCUCGCCCCGUUCGACUUCAGGGUAAAAGGUGUUACCAGCAUCUCUGCAGACACGCACAAGUACGGCUACGCCCCCAAAGGUUCCUCUGUGAUCCUCUACAGCGAUAAAAAGUACCGUCACUACCAGUACUUUGUAGCUCCGGACUGGCAGGGGGGGAUCUACGCCUCACCCUCCAUAGCUGGCUCCAGGCCAGGGGGAAUCAUCGCCGCCUGCUGGGCGACCAUGAUGCACAUGGGAGAGAACGGAUACAUAGACGCCACCAAGAAGAUCAUCAGCACAGCACGCAAAAUCAAAACAGAAAUCCGUAAGAUAAAAGGAGUGUUUGUGUUUGGGGAUCCGGAGGUGUCGGUGGUGGCGAUAGGAUCGGAUGUUUUCGAUAUUUUCCGUCUGUCUAAUGCACUGACGUCAAAGGGCUGGAAUCUGAACACGCUGCAGUACCCAUCCAGCAUCCACAUUUGCUGCACAGUCUUGCACACCCAGCCGGGGGUCGCCGAUCAGUUUAUUCGUGAUGUCAAAGAGCAGGUCGCCAUCAUCAUGAAGAACCCCAAAGAGAAAACCACGGGGAUGGGAGCGAUCUAUGGCAUGGCCCAGUCCAUCCCAGACAGAUCCAUGGUGACGGAGAUCUCCAGAGGCUUCCUCGACUGUCUCUACAGCACUGAGGUUUCCAAGACAAACACCAGCCACAUGAACGGCAACGGUAAAGCCCACUGAAACAGGAUUGGGCCCUCAUGGUCCGACCACCGCCACCAACCCCACCACCGACACUGCACGCAGGGAAACACGCUCGCCUCCUCCCAGAGCUCUGAGAUUAUCACUCAACGGUUGCCUUAUCUCGCAUACCUACAAACAUCUGCAAAGAUCCUGUGAAGCACAAGCCAUCGUCAUUUUUUAAUCAACCCGGAGAGAGAAGUGGUGACUGGUUCCAAACGAGUUUUAGUCUAUUCAUUUGAUUUUCUUAACGUCGUAGAAGUGUGUUGAGUUGUUUUAUUUGUUUUUAAAACGUUCAUUUCAAUUACAGCUUUUGUUAAAUGUAUAAAUCUGUCAUAAUCUCUACUGAUUUCAUAACAAGACCAUUCAGUUUUUCUUUUUUUGUUGUUGUUAAACUCCAGUACAUUUCAGCUUGCCAUCACUGCUUCAAUAUCUGUGAUGACUCAGCAAAAACACAGACCACUGAAAGCUUAGAAACGCUGCGCUGCCCUCUAGCAUGAAACCUGAUGUACUGCACCAGACUGGCUCCACAUGUGGAGGUCCGUCAAAGGUUAUCAACUAUCAUUAACAGUUCUCUGGAAAAUAGCAUUUUGAAUGAAAAAAGCACUGCAAUGUCCUGACAAGAACAUAUCAGGUUAAUCUGUAAAUCACUUGAAACUACAGUUCUCUUAUGUUAUUGUAUACGUUUUGUUUGUUAGCAUGAACGUGUCGGUUCUAUCCUUCUUUGUUAGCACUUAGUACGACGGCGUUCUGUUUUGUUUUAAGGCUGCAUUCAUGGUCCAUGUGCAGUGGUUGGAUUUGUAGACAGAGGGAGAAUGAUUUGGAUACUGGGAGCUUUUAAUGUCAUUCAUUUUCAAUAAAAUCCUCUUUACAUUGAAAUAAGGGAGAAGUGGUAACCAGGGUGGCCAAAGAAUCCAAAGAUUAUCAGCCACUUUGAUUAUUUUAGUGAUUGUCUUCCAGAAUUGGAUGAAGUAGUUGGGUUGUAAAGUAAAGCAACAGACCGGACUGAAGGCAGUUUCCAACCCUGGUUUACUAUCAAGCAGCAGACACUCAAUAUUCCCUCUGUAGUCUGCAUCGUCACCUGUGUACUACCUUUAUAUUUUAAUAAUUUGUCUCCUAAUUCAAUCUACCUCAGUUUCUACGCAGUGCAAAUGACAUUUAUUCAUCCACUGAAACACAUUCUAACAGGGCAACUGUUUUAUUUUUCCAAUUUCUAACAUAAACUUCACAAUGUUAGGGCAUUUGACAAACUGUAUGUAUUAAAGUGUUCUUACAUUUACUGAUACUGAAAGGAAACUGUCCACUGUGGUGGACGUCUCCAGCCCGUCUGAAUGUGGAUAUACUUUGGUUUGAAAUCCGUUCAGCAGGAUAUGUACACAUCUACUAACAGGCUGAUAACUCAACAAAACAUACUGUAACACCAAAAGGACCUUGCUUUUCCUAAUGUUGCGUGUUUAAAUUGUGUAUUUCCACGAAAUAAUUUCCAUGUUUGUGCAAUAUGUAACUUUUCCUUUUGAUGAAUGAGAAACGAAGGGGAAUGCUCUACUAUUAAUGUUUAAGAGAAGUUAGAAGCAUAGCAUUGAAUGACAGCUUAUCAGCCUCGUUGGUGUAAUUUAACCAAUUGUGUGACCACUGGGUGUUUUAUUAAUCACUUAAUUUGUGAGUCUUUUUUCCUUGAGUCUUUGUGUUUUUACAUACUGAGCAGUUUUAAAGAGAUUAGACAUGAAUGUAUUUAGGUUCUUACAUGUACGGGGGAUUUUUUUCCCAUGUUUUAGUCAGUGCCUGGUGAAAAGACUGAUGACAGACAGAGGAUUUAUCAGCACCCCCAACCACCACCAAUGAUUGAAGCUCAUACCAUCAUCCGUGUCCAUCCAUCCAUCUUUAAAUUCAUGACAGGAUGUGGCCUGUGCAAAAAAAACAAAAAGACUUUUCCAACAAUGACUCAUCCUGUUUGGUUUGGAGAAAUAUCCUCAAAAUGUGUGACGAUUGAAUGGCAGAGAAAUCUCUUUUGAAUAAAAACUUUUAAUGCAAA